AUCAUGCGUGCCCUCGCCGUGGCUUUUUUUGGAGCCGCCUUGUGUCUAGUGAACGCCCAGCAAAACAAGGAGGAGAAGGAGUUCAAGUGUCCCAUCGAGCAGGGCAACGGUAACUUCGCCGACCCGGUCACAUGCCGUCGAUUUUAUCAGUGCGUUGAUGGAUUUCCGUACCUAAAUCGCUGCCCAUCCGGUCUGUACUUCGAUGACAUCCAGAAGUACUGCACUUUCAAGGCGGAGGCUAAAUGUGGCCCACUAGCGUCAACACCGACAGCGACAACCGAAUCUCCGAUCGAUCUGGCGAAAAAGUGUAACCCGGCUGAAUGCGAGCUGCCGUACUGUUACUGCAACAAGGAUGGCACCCUGAUCCCGAAAGGUCUCGACCCGGAAGAGACGCCGCAAAUCAUACUGCUCACCUUCGACGGUGCCGUCAAUCUGAACAACUACGAACACUACCGGAAGGUGUUUAACGGCAAGCGCAAAAAUCCGAACGGCUGUGACAUCAAGGGUACCUUCUUCAUCUCGCACGAGUACAGCAACUACCAACAAAUCCAGACGCUCGCCAACGAUGGUCACGAGAUCGCAGUCGAAACGAUCUCCCUGCAGAUGGGUCUCCAGGACAAGGGCUACGAGGAGUGGGUCGGUGAGAUGAUCGGUAUGCGAUCGAUUCUGAAGCAUUUCUCCAACGUUACCGCUAACGAGAUCAAUGGCAUGCGGGCACCGUUCCUGAAGCCGGGCCGCAACACCCAGUACAAGGUGAUCGAAGACUUUGGCUUCAUCUACGACAGCUCGAUCAGUGUGCCGCCGAGCCCGAUCCCGGUGUGGCCGUACACGCUCGAUUACAAGAUCCCGCACGAAUGCAAGAGCGGUACCUGUCCGACGAAAUCGUUCCCGGGCAUCUGGGAGGUGCCGCUGAAUGCGCACUUUGUCGAGAGUUACGAGGGCGGCCACUGUCCGUACAUGGACCAGUGCGUGCUGCACAAUCACGACGCGGAGGAGGUGUUCGCUUGGUUGCAGGAAGACUUUGAGCGGUACUACUACCAGAACAAGGCACCGUACAUGAUGCCGUUCCACACGAACUGGUUCCAGAUUAAGGAGCUCGAGGGCGGUCUGCACAAAUUCCUUGACUGGACGCAAACGAUGCCGGACGUAUGGUUCGUCACGAUCACGCAAGCACUUACCUGGAUUACGGACCCGAAGACGAACAAGCAGCUCGCUGGGUACGAACCAUGGAACUGCAAGAGCAAAUCCACCCUAACACCGAAACCGUGCAAUAUCUCGAACAAGUGUGCGCUCGCGUUCAAGGAACCGACGUCGAACAUCAGCGAUACGCGCUACAUGGAGACCUGCUUCGACUGUCCGGCCGUCUAUCCGUGGUUGGGCGAUUCGCACGGUUCCGGCAUUCCUGGGCGCGAUAACUACAUCGACCAGUCGGAGGGUGGUGGUGCUAGUGCCGGUCGCGAACAGGGUGAUGAAGAGGAACAGAAGUAAGCCCGGUCACGCA